UUCUGUUUACAGUAAACAGUGCUUUACUGGCAAACCCAAACCCCGUCACUGUUUUCUGUUCUCUUCUUUUUGCCUUAAUUGGAAAAUGGAUAAGACCAUAUUUGCAGAUUUGGAUAAUGUUCCUGAAGAUGAUAGGCAAAGAAUGUCCACCAUAGUAGACCAGCUCCAAAUACGAGACAGUCUAAAGAUGUAUAAUUCAUUAGUGGAGAGAUGUUUCAAGGAUUGUGUCAAUACAUUCUAUCGGAAAUCCUUGACCAAGCAAGAGGAAACAUGUGUUCUGAGAUGUGCUCAAAAAUUCAUGAGGCUUUCAAUGCAAGUUGGCUUGAGAUUUUCAGACAUUAACCAAGGAGCUUCUACAACCGAUCAAGGUGUUUUUGAAUAGCCCCUGGACAAUAGCUUUUUGUAUC